GGCCUUGAACUCGUACCUAUAGCAGCGUUGUAUAUUACAAUUUCAUUUUCUGUAUUACAAUAAAUCGUACAAUGACAAUUUUGUUUCAUACGUUCAAAGCAAUAACGAUUAACGGAGUCAUAAACGCGGUAUAUAAUUACCUGUAUUUUAAUUAUUAUGAAAUUUGCAUCUGACCAAGCAUGGCGGUGAUAACACAUACGAUGAAUUUUAUGCAAAGAUUUACUAACACUUGAAUAUUACAGAAGCAAAAAUCAUAGUUCAAAUUCUCUUUGUGAAACGGUUAGAAAGAAGCUCGUAUUUUCCUACACUUCGACGUAUACACUUUGAAUUUAUCGUAAAUAACAGUAUAUGUGUAUUAGCAAAGAAAAGAAUAUAUAUAUAUAUAUAUACAUAUAUUUUUGAGUAUUUCAACUGUCGAUAAAUACUAUUCAUCGAAAGAAUCGAAAUCGAACUAAUUGGGAAAAAAAUAAAAAAAAUUACAGGAGUAACACGCUUAAUACAUAUUUCUAAAUAUUAAUUCGGCAUGUAAAUAAAUUUACCGCUAAAAUAUCACAUGUUUAUCGCGUAUAUACGAUUAAUGAAUAUAAAUAAUAAUAAUAUAUAGUACAAGAAUGUUAUCUCCAUCGUUCGUGUACUUCGUAAGAAGCUUUGUUAAAUUAUAAACGUUCGACUCGGCUGGAUGAUUAUAGAAUUUGAAAACGAAUCUUUGUGUGAAUCGCCUAUUGUGCCCGGGGACCACGUUAUCAGGCUACAGGGAUAUUCCUACCUUCGCUGACAACGGGUGACAUAACCUAACCUAUGCACCUACGCACAGUCAUGUAUUAAUAUCUCUACUGCUUUGUAAAUAAAUGAAUACAGCAAGCAGGUUGUUACGGAAAAUUCACAGAACGAGUCCUGAGAUCUCUUGUAAACUCUUCCGUCGUGAAGCUAAGCCAAGUGGAGCAAUCGUUUGAAAAGAAAGCGCGUGCGUCACCAGUGGCGUUCAUUAAUUCUUUCCAUGUAAGGAGAAAGUUACUAGCUCCUGACCAAUCAAAAUCACAUCUCCUUCGAGCAGGUGUCUCUAUUGGUGUCGGCGCUGGGGAUUUUCUCCGUACGCGGAAAACAUUAAUGGAGAGCAGAGAGUUGUAACUAUGACGUUAUUCCACUUUCAACUCCUCAUAUGUCCGGAGUAGCGGUGAAGCCAGUAUUCCUAAGAAAUUUUCGCAAAAGUACAACGGUAUCUCAGAUAUUCGUGUCGACUUACUCGUAUUUGAUGAGAAUCAUGGAAAAUUCGCCCACACAACAAAAAUUCAAUCAAGCUCCGAUAGACACAUACAUGGAAAGGUAUUACAAUUCCACCAGUAGUUGCGAGAUGUUAACUUUUGCAACGGAAAAUGUAGCGUGUCAAAGCAAUUCCCAGGGAGACGAUCUUGGAACGAACACGUGUGUCGAAUCGCCGAUAUUUUUGAAAGAUAAGUAUCUGGCGGACAGACAAAGGUACAAAGGGAUGAGACAAUGGAAACGUAUUAAGAAAGAGAAGCUGGCCUCUAAUUCCGAAGAUUACUUUAUUCUAAGGCUACUCUCCUUUAACAUUCUGGCCCAGUAUCUUUUGGAAACUUAUCCAUUUCUGUAUAAAGAACACGACAAACGGGCGCUACCUUGGGAGAUUAGAAAACAGUUUCUCUUACAAGAAAUUUUAGAAGCACAAGCUAAUGUGAUAUGUCUCCAAGAGAUGCAAGAAGAGCAUUUGCAGGAGUUUUUGGUACCGUUCAGAGAACUGGGUUACAAAUAUUUAUAUAAGAAGAGAACGAAUGACAAAAAAGAUGGUUUGCUCUUUCUUUAUCGGUCCGAUCAAUUAGUUCUUAUCGAAUAUACAAAGGUUGAGCUCUACCAGUCAGGUAUAGAGCUUCUGAGUAGAGACAAUGUUGGAAUUAUCGUAAAAUUAGCAGUCAAGGAGAGUCCGCAGACACAGUUAGUGAUUGCCACGACACAUUUACUUUACAAUCCUAAACGAAACGAUGUGCGACUGGGGCAAACGCAACUACUUCUAGCGGAAAUUGAAAGGAUUGCUUUUUUGGAAAACACAAUGACGGGUGCCAAAUAUCUGCCAAUUAUACUGGCAGGAGAUUUUAAUUUAGAACCAUAUUCCGGAGUUUACAAAUUCAUUACGGAGGGAGCCUUUGAAUAUCAAGGAAAAGGAAGGAACCUCGAGCAGACAGAGUUUCGGUCUCUUUCGAAUUCCUUAAUUCCACCUCGUCUUUUCGUUACGGACAACUGUCAACAUUUGAAUAUUUUGAAGAAAAGAUUACGCGGAGAAGGAACUGGUAAAGUAAUGUUAGAAAAUAGCGAGAACCUCGUAAUGGAAGGCAUUGCAUCGGACAAUGCUUCGUCGAUAAAUAGCGAUGUGAAUGCGGAUACGACUGAUCUUCAAAUAAUAGAGAUUGUACGUGGCUAUCGUGCACUGUUCAGUUCUGGCACCCUUACACAUCCGUUCCAUCUCCGUAGCGUGUACAAACACGAGAAACGUCAAGGGGAACGAGAAGCUACGACUAAUCAGGGAGCGUGGAUUACAGUUGACUAUAUUUUUUACAGCAAUUUAGAACCUCUCGAGAAGUAUAGAUUACCGACGGCAGAAGAGUGCACCGCUUUGCCUACCAUACCCAAUUUUGCUGUCGGAAGUGAUCAUUUUUGUUUAGGUGCUACGUUCAGAAUACACAAAGCGAAACUCUAGAAGAGUUAAUAUUAACGAUUUGUAAUACGAUAAAAGAUUUGCGUAAACCUUGUAUAAAAAAAAUGAAAACCUGGACUAAAUGUACGAAUAUUAGAGUUAAUACAAAAAGUAAAAAGAGGUAUUUUGUCUUAAAACAAGCAAAUGUUAUGAUUAAUCUAUGUUUUGAUUAAUUUUAAAUUAUUUUGUGUCUCUCUUUUCCUUGGUAAAUAUAUACAAUUGUUAUAUGUAGAUUAAAGACAUUAAAAAGUGUAUUUUAUUUUAAAACGA